UGCUUUGAUAAUUCUCAAUUUAUCUUCGUUAGAAAGGAAUGAUUCUGGGCUAGCGAGAAAUCUCGUUCCCAUAAGAAUACCAGUUGCACCCUAUAAUUAGUAACAAGGCAUGUUAUCCAGAUGAUUCCAUGUUUUCCAUUUCCGUGUUUUGAGAACAGACAGAACGCAAAAGCCUUUUUCUAAUUUGUAAUGCCCAGUGUUUCUAGGUUGUCCCUUUUUUACUGAGAAACUGAUUUUACUGAACUUUUCUGAUUGGGUGAUAGAAAAAUUUACGCUCUGAUGACUCAGAAACCCAGUUCAGUUCAGUUCAGUUUCUCAGUAAAAAAAGGAACAAUCUGUUUCUAACGGUACGCGUACCUCUUUGUUUCAAAGCAUACGGUACGCGAAAGGGAUUGAAAAUACGCUCUGUAUCAACCAAUAGGAAAAGACAGAACAACAAAAUCCACGAAUUACUAUGCUUCUGUACGGGCUGCUCAAAAUUCUUAUUAGAAAUCCUGAUAGUAUCUUAGGUUAAAGCCAAGGGAACAAGUACGAGGCAAAGCUGGCGGCUCCCUUCAGGAGAUACGCGGAGCGUUUAUCUGUUAAGCUAGGGUUUCGUUCUGUACACUAUAAAAAAUAUUCUUUAGUUUGCAUCGUCGUGAGUCAUUUUCUUUUAUUGCUAUCAUGUUCUCUUUUCGAAAAAUAUUGACGAUAGCGCCAUCAACUUAUGAGAUCAAGAAAAAUAGUUCAUUACUUCGUCUUUUUUUCGAACUCUCUAUAUCUAAAAUAAAAAAAUUCUUUUUUUGGGUUGUGUGAACUCUUUAUUACCAGUGAUAUCGUACUGAUGUCAUCUUUAUGUUCUCACAUAUCAGUUGUUUCGUUUCUUUCUUUUCUCUUUUUGUUUUGUUGAUGGAGUAAAGAAAAAGGAAGUUUUUUGCUGUGUCAUUAACGCUUGAUAAUGCAAACAGCUAUAUGCAGCUAUAUUUCCCACUGGAAACAAAGAUAAAUGUCCGUAACUGAAUCGACUUUUUUCUUUUUGUAUUGUAGUAAAAUGAGUUCAGGUCAUAAUUCAAGACCAUCUCUACUAUCAACAGAUCUAACGACACUUUUUGAUAUUCGAUAUCCAAUAAUAAGUGCACCAAUGAGCGGAGCAGCUGGGGCAAACUUAGCCAUAGCUGUCAGCCAAGCAGGUGGAUUAGGAUUAAUAGCUGGUGGUGCUGGUAAUGCUUUCAGUUGGUUAAAACAACAAAUUAUUCAGUGUAACAAUACAAAAUAUUCUAAUGGUACCAAACUGAAAUAUGGUGUUGGUUUAAUUACACUAGGACUACCAUAUUUUCCCCAAGCAUUUGAAUAUGUCUUAGCAGCUAAGCCAACAGCCAUAUUAUUUUCGUUUGGUGAUGCAAAAGCAUAUGCACAGAGAGUAAAGCAAGCUGGAAUUGAAGUGAUAUCACAGAUACAAAAUGUACAGGAUGGGAUUUCUGCUGCUGAGUACAGUGAUGUUAUCGUAUGCCAAGGGGAAGAAGCUGGUGGACAUGGACAAAGCGGCUUGUCAACGUGGACGUUAUUGCCGUUACUACAGAAAAAGUUAAGAGAAUUAGGUAAAACUGUUCCGUUGGUUGCAGCAGGUGGAAUCGGUGACGAAAAUGGACUAAUUACGGCAUUAGAUAUGGUAUGA